AUGGACAAGACGCCGGAGGCGGCGUUCAAGGCGGCGGAGGAUGCGCUAAAGGAGGCGGCGGCUGCGCGAGCGGAGGCGGACGCAGCCAAAGCCGAACUGGCGGCGCUAAAGGGGGAGAUGGCUGGUGCAGAGCAGAAACCGGGGGAGUUGAUGCCGGUGGCCCAGGCGCUGCCGGUGAGGCCCCGAGGUCCCAUCAACUACCCGCAGCUCACCCGCACCAACUAUACCCUCUGGGCGAUGCAGAUGCGGGUGGCGCUACAGUCAGCCUGCGUGUGGGAGGCAGUCCACUCCGACAAGGUGGAGUUCGAGAUGGAUCGUGACGCGCUCCUGGCAAUUUAUCAAGGCGUGCCGGAAGAUGUGCUCGCGUCGCUCGCCGGCAAGGACACGGCGAAGGCGGCGUGGGAGGCCAUCAAGUCUGUGCACGUCGGCCAUGACCGCGUGCGCGAGUCGAACCUGCAGGCGCUGCGUAAGGCCUUCGAGGGGCUGGAGAUGGGCGACAACGAGCAAACAGAGGUCUUCGCCACGCGCGUGAACAAGAUGGUGUCAUCCAUCCGUGCGCUCGGCGAUGAGGUGAAGGAGAUCACCGUUGUCCAAAAGAUGCUUCAAGCGGCGCCAGCGCGGCUCAUGCAUUUGGUCACCGCAUUGGAGCAGUGUGUCGAUCUGAAGACGCUCACGGUGGAGGACCUACUCGGGCGCUUCAAGGCGUAUGAGGAGCGCAUUAAGCAGCGCUUUGGUGAUCCUGUUGAUGGACAGCACCUCAUGCUGACCAGGAAGCAAUGGGAAGGUUUCGUCGGGAAGAAGAACUGGGGCAGCAACGGAGCAGGUGGUAGUGGAAAGGGAGGCGCUGACCGUGGAAGUGACCACGGAAGAGGCGAUGACCAGUCGUCGAGCGCGAAAUCUGCUGCAACUCCGAAGAAAAAAUUCAAGUGCUAUAAUUGUGGUGAAAAAGGGCAUUUCUCGAGGGAAUGCACCAAGCCAAAGAAGAAGAAGCAAGAAAGAGCCAUGGUGGCUGAGAAGCAAAAUGAAGAACCUGCUCUUCUACUGUCAGAAACCUGUGUAAUAUCAGGUAACUCAGUAGAAGCAAAGGGCAGGGUGUACCUCAAUGAAGAAAAGGUGAAACCACAACUUAGUGAUGAUGGAAGGUAUGACACUAAAAUGUGGUAUCUUGACACUGGAGCUAGCAACCAUAUGACAGGCUCCAAAGCAAUGUUUACUAGUAUUGAUGAUUCAGUUACUGGAGUAGUCAAAUUUGGAGAUGGUUCCCUGGUUGAAAUUGAGGGCAGGGGUACCAUACUUAUUACUACAAGAGAUGGGGCUCAUCGUGGGCUAACUGAUGUUUAUUACAUACCAAAGUUGAGAAGUAAUAUCAUUAGUCUCGGACAGUUGGAAGAGUAUGGUUGCAAGGUCAUAUUAGAAGAUGGGUACCUGCAAAUAUUUGAUCAAGGGAGAAAACUGCUAGUAAAAGUACCAAGAGGAGAGAACAGGCUGUAUAUACUGAAUAUUAGUUUGGGCAUGCCUGUGUGUUUACUGUCAUCUAUCACUGAUGUGUCAUGGUUGUGGCAUGCUCGUUAUGGUCAUCUAAAUUUUGAUGCCUUGAGGUCUUUAGCUCAGCAUGACAUGGUUAAAGGGCUUCCUUUAGUGUGCCACAAGGACAGGGUAUGUGACGGCUGCCUCAUUGGCAAGCAGCGUCGACUACCAUUUCCAAAGCACGCAACUUUCAGAGCAGAAAAAAGUCUUGAGUUGGUGUAUACAGACCUGUGUGGUCCAAUUACACCUGCAACUCCUGCCGGAAAUCGCUACUUUAUGCUUAUAGUAGAUGAUUUCAGUCGGUUCAUGUGGGGAGUGCUGCUGAAAACCAAAGAUCAAGCAUUUGUUGCAUUCAGAAGGUUUAAAGCAGCUGCAGAGUUGAAAAGUGGGCUGAAGUUGAAAGUGCUCAGGAGUGAUAGAGGAGGAGAAUUUACAUCUGUUGAAUUCAAUUCCUUCUGUGAAGAUCAUGGAAUUCAACGCCAACUCACUGCACCCUACAGCCCUCAGCAGAACGGAGUUGUGGAGAGACGCAACCAAACUGUAGUUGCAAUGGCACGGUGUCUGCUGAAAAGCCAAAAUAUGCCGGGCUGUUACUGGGGGGAAGCAGUUGCUACUGCCAUUUAUAUCUUGAACCGAGCCCCCACGAAGAGUGUUGCUGGAAAAACACCUUAUGAAGCUUGGAAUGGCUAUAAACCAAAUGUUGGCCAUCUUCGGACUUUUGGUUGUUUGGCUCACGUCAAGGUAACAGGUCCAUCUGGUGGGAAAUUAGCUGACAGAAGUAUUCCAAUGGUAUUGAUUGGCUAUGAGAAAGGCUCAAAUGCAUACAGACUUGUCAAUCCAGAGACAAAUCGUGUGUGUGUAUCAAGGGAUGUAGUUUUUGAAGAAUCAAAAGGUUGGCAGUGGUCCAGUGGAGAUGAUGUCACGAUCAGUGAUGACACUGAUAGGUUUCUGGUUCACUUUGAACCUGAACAAACUGAAUCAGUGAAUGACCAUGCUGCUCAAGAAGGUGAAAAUGCAGAAAACAGGGAAGGUACAGAACCAAUUACACCUAGGCAAGCAGUGCUUCCAGGGUCACCUGUUAUACCUGCUAUGGUGACACCAAUAUCCUCUGUUGCUGCAGAAAGUCCUGAAUCAUCUGCUCCACUGAAAAUGCGCUCCCUUGAUGAGAUUUUUGAUGCUACCUCUCCACACUGGAGUCCAGCUGAUUAUGACCAUAUGGAGGAACUUGAGUUGUGUAUGCUAGGUGCAGAGGAGCCAACUCACCACAAUGAUGCUCUGAAGCAUGAGCAUUGGAAGAAAGCCAUGGAGGAAGAGCUGAAAUCCAUAAAAGAAAAUGAUACAUGGGAAAUGGUAACACCACCUACUGGAGUGCGAGCCAUUGGACUGAAAUGGGUAUUUAAAUUGAAAAAAGAUGUUGAAGGCAAUGUGAUACGCCACAAGGCAAGGCUAGUCGCCAAGGGGUAUGUGCAACGUCAUGGCAUUGACUUUGAUGAGGUCUUUGCACCUGUGGCACGCCUAGAAACUGUGAGGCUACUAAUGGCAUUGGCAGCAAAUGAAGGGUGGAGGGUACACCAUAUGGAUGUGAAAUCAGCAUUCUUAAAUGGAGAAUUGGAGGAAGAAGUGUAUGUAGCACAACCUCCAGGUUUCAUUGAAACUGGCAAAGAAGGAAAGGUACUAAAACUCAGGAAAGCCUUGUAUGGGCUUCGACAGGCUCCAAGAGCCUGGAAUUUGAAACUGGAUCAGACUUUGUUGUCUCUUGGUUUCAUUAGAAGUCCUGUUGAACAUGCGGUGUACAUGAAGAAUUCUGGAAAUGCACGACUGCUGGUUGGAGUAUAUGUUGAUGAUUUGAUCAUAACCGGUUCUAGUGCAGAAGAAGUGGCUAUGUUCAAGGAACAGAUGAAAGACAUGUUCAGUAUGAGUGACUUGGGUCUACUUUCAUAUUAUCUUGGCAUUGAAGUUGCGCAAGCUGAAGAUGGCAUUUCACUCUGCCAAUCUGCAUAUGCACUGAAGAUACUAGAGAAGACUGGCAUGCUGGAUUGCAAUCCUUGUCAAACACCCAUGGAAGAAAGGCUGAAGUUAAGUAAGAAUGGAGAAGGACCCAAAGUGGAUCCAACAUACUACAGGAGUGUAGUAGGAAGCCUCAGGUACUUGGUUAACACCAGACCUGACAUCUCCUAUGCUGUUGGCGUUGUAAGCCGAUACAUGGAGAGCCCAAAUUCCCAGCACAUGGCAGCGGUGAAACAAAUUCUGAAGUAUAUCCGUGGAACUCUGAACCUUGGAUGCAAAUACUCUCAGAAUAAAGGAGAAAAGCCCAGCCUGCUUGGGUACUCUGAUAGUGAUCACGGUGGAGAUGUUGAUGACCGAAAAAGCACAACUGGAGUACUCUAUUUCCUUGGCAAGAGUCCAAUUACAUGGUUGUCCCAGAAGCAGAAAGUAGUUGCAAUUUCAUCAUGUGAAGCUGAAUAUAUUGCUGCCGCUAGUGCUGCUUGUCAGGGUUUGUGGCUUGGACAACUACUUGCUGAGAUGGAAGGGAAGCAGCCAGUUCAGGUUGAGUUGUUGGUUGACAACAAGUCGGCUAUUUCAUUGGCCAAAAAUCCUGUUCACCAUGAUCGCAGUAAGCAUAUCGAUAUACGUUAUCAUUUUAUCAGGGACUGUGUGGAGAAUGGCAAGAUCGGGGUGAACUAUGUUCCAACGGGAGAUCAGCUGGCAGACCUACUUACCAAGCCCCUUGGGCGUUUGAAGUUCCUGGAGCUCAGACGAAGGAUUGGCAUGGUGGUUGUCAAAUGA